CCAACGGAAGAUACAAUGAGGAGAAAUGUCGCUGAUGUCUUUGGGAAGAUUCUCUGUGGUUUCCAAUUGAGAGCAGUCGUUGCCCAGAUCCAUCCGAGGGAUUUGCUCUUGACAUCCGGGACUGGCUCUGGCAAAACUUUGAUAUACUGGAUGCCAUCGACGCUGUAUAAUGGCGGAAAUAUUUUAGUAGUAAUAACACCACUCACUGUCCUUGGCUCUCAGCAAGCAACUGGACUCAGCGCACUUGGUGUAAGAUCGGUCUGUAUC